AUGGAGAAUGUAAGAAAAAUUCGGGAGAAAAUGAAAGAGGCACAAGAUCGGCAAAAGAAGUAUGCUGAUUUGAGAAGAAGGAAGUUAGAAUUUGAGGAAGGAGACCGGGUAUUCUUAAAGGUAUCCCCAACCAAAGGGGUGAAGAGAUUUGGAAUGCGGGGGAAAUUAAGUCCUAAAUUUAUAAGGCCAUAUGAAAUUCUCAGAAGAGUAGGAGAGGUGGCAUAUGAACUUGCCUUGUCAGUUGAACUUUCUAAGGUUCAUAAUGUGUUUCACGUGUCUCAAUUGCGGAAAUAUGUGCAUGACCCUUCUCAUAUAUUGACUUAUGAACCUCUUCGGAUUGAUGAGUCAUUAAGUUACGAAGAAAGGCCUGUUCGAAUUCUGGAUAAACGAGAACAAGUGUUAAGGAAUCAAGUUAUUCCAUUAGUAAAGGUGUUAUGGUCAAGCAAGAUACUGAAGAAAUCACUUGGGAGAAAGAACUCGACAUGA